CUGGCUAAAGAGAUCAUUCACACAUAUGUUGCAACUGCUCAGUUCUGUUGUAUGUGUAGGAAACAAGACAUGGAAUGUGACUCACAAUUUGAAAAUGGACUGCUUUUGAAUAAGUAUUUUUUGCUGUAUGAGGAACUAUCAUAUGCAAUGUACAGGGAUGACAUCAGUUGGGUCAAGGCUUCCAUCAUAAGCUGGAUCCCAAUCCUAAAGGCAGUCAGAAAGCAUAAGUAUGCAAUGCAGAUGACAACCUUUCUGUGCAAUGUGCACUUCAUUUAUCCCUCAGGCCUA